UUCACUUGCUUGACUCCAGCACAAAAUAAAAAAAAAAUGGUGCAUUUAAUUUCUUGCUUUAUCCUUUUGUUGACUCUUGGAUUAACGAUUGCAUUUAGCUAUGAAAGUUACAAACAACAAAAAGCUAUUUGCCAUCUUCCAGUAAAUUAUGGAAAAUGUGGCAAGGGAGUUUUUGCCUGGUACUACGAUCCUUUGAAAAAGUCCUGCAUCCGUUUUGUUUAUGCCCUUUGUGGAGGAAACAGGAAUCGCUUCUUUUCAAAAGCAGAGUGCGAGGAACUUUGUCUCAAGGAUUGGUAACCAAUAGCUCCAUUUCAUCUCCAAUGUAAAAGCUUAAUAUAUAAACAUUUUUACAACAAAAUAAGAAACUAAUUUAUUUGUAAGCUUCAUUUUUUUUAAUUUCUUGCUAAAUACGCCAUGGAAUAAACUUAACAAAUUUACAAUGUCA